AUGUCUCGACAGGUCCACUUCUCCAACAAUGUUUACUAUACUUCGGCCCAGUCCCCAUCACCUUCUGUCGCCUCCUUUGCUUCAUAUUGUCCACCAUCUCCCGUCCCCACAGCAUGCCUGGAUCCGCUUCUUACCCCUCAAUUGUGUGCCGCCCUCACGUUCCACAUAACCGAUUCCCCUUGUCCUGCGAAGCCAUCCGCGUUACGAGCGCCAGCUACAACCCCUUCUGUGGCGAAACUUGAGGUAACCCAUCCCGGGCUGGCCUAUUUUGGCUGGAAAAUACUGGUCACUGCGGCUGACGGCCACUGUGUCCGUAUUGACGAGGUCCUCAAGGGGAUUUAUACCUCCCUCCGCCAGGGUGUCGAUUCCGAGACCUUCCACAGUCUGCGUUCCCACCAGGCUGCAAACGUCACUAAAGCGUUUCAAACGCGCUCCCGGAAUAGGGACGGGGAGGCCAACAAGGGUCUUAAACGCGUUGAUUUGGUCACCAGUGUUCCCAUUGACACAACUGGCAACAACUACCGCACACGCUUCGCCGGCCUGGUGCCAGUGCUGUCUAAAAGCCAGCCCAGUGUGCCCCUCUAUGAGCUGAAGCUCAUAUAA